GUAAUCUUGAUAUUUUGUUAGCGCGCUGCACUAAGCCUGCCCCCCUUCCUCUGACGACAGAGCGUCGCCACCGCAGCGGGCGAUCGCCGCGCUACCGCAACCACAGCAGCAGCAGUAUCUGUCGGCAAGAUGCAAAAAAUACUUGAACAGGCGCGUCAGUCGCUGCACGUGGGCGAGCGCACCUUCAAGCCCACACCCAACCUGCGCAACCCCGCCAUGCUGUCCGAGGCGGAGGAGUUCGCGGUGCACAUGAACGCGUUCAAGACCGGCCUGCGCCGCUACCAGACAGCCGUGCAGGUGUUCCUGGAGGGGCUGCCGGUGGUGGCGCGCGGCAACCUGCCCCGCGUGUGGGAGCGCGUGGAGGGAGGGCUGUGCGAGCCGCUGAGGCCCAACGUCAGCCACUCGCACCCCACCCGCGUGGGUGGGGAGUUCGACGAGGGUCUGCUGCGUGACGCGCGCGACAUGCUGGACGCGGAGCUGAGCCACAACGUGCUUCGCCCCAUCGACCGCUGGCUGGAGAGCCUGGCCGUGGUGCGGACGCGCAUGCGCAAGCUGGAGGGCCUGCGGCUGCAGGUGGACGCCCGCCGGCGCCGCGUGCACCGCCGCUACAUGCGCGCCCUGGGCCGCAUGGAGCACCGCGGCGGCGGCGGCCCCUUCGACCUGGGCAUGGCUGGCGGCGGCGGCAUGGGCGGCGGCGGCGGCCUGCACUCGCGCCGCAGCCGCUCCGCGGAUCCGGGUCGCCGGCGCGGCUACGGCGGGGCGCGCGGGCGCCGCGGCCAUGCGGGCCUGGACGAGGAGGAGGAGGAGGAGGAGAUGGGCGGCGGCGGCGGCCUGACCAGCUCACCCAGCAGCAGUGACGACGAGUACGAAAUGUCGUACGGGCCACGUGGCUCCCACGAGGACGAGGUCCUGGCGGUUCGCGGCAAGGAGGACUUCAUGCGCUCCGCCCUCUACUACCAGCGCAAGCUGGAGGCGGUCCAGUCCACCUACCGCGAGCAGGAGGACCUGGUGUGGCAGCACCUGAGCGGACUGGUGCGGGACGCGGCCUGGCUCAAGGCAUUCGUGGCCGGAGCCAUGCUGUCCGUCAAGGACGCGUUGCAGGCCACCGCCAUCGCCCUGGGCCCCUGCAAGCUGCCGCUGCCGGCCUUCCCGCGCUUCAACGCGGGCGGCGAGUACGGCGCCAUCGGCGACCCCUCGCCCCUCAUCGCCGACAUACCAGACUCCCUCAAGUCCGCCGCCGCCGCCACCGCCGCCGCCUCGCCCAUGGCGGCGCUCAUGGGCGGCGCCACCGCCGGCAGCGCCGCCGGCAGCACCCCUGGCGGCGUCGGCGGCGGGCUGACCCGCCUGGACGCGCGGGAGGUGUCGGCGGCGCUGCGGCCCAAGCGCAUCACCGCGCAGCCGCUGCAGACGUCGGCGGACCACACCACGCCGCGCUACGGCCCCGUGCCGCCCGUGGUGCGCGGCAGCCCCGGGGUGCCCCUGGACGAGCUGGCGGAGCAGGAGGCGGCGGCGGCAGCUGGGGCCCGCGGCACGACCGCCGCGCUGCCGCCCGCCGGCGCCUCCGGCCACGCCCACGGCGGCGGUGUCAUCGGCGCGCUCAAGGAGCUGGCGAGUGAGGUCACCGCCGCCGCCAGGGCCAAGCCGCUGCCGGCCGGCGCCGCCACCGACACCGCCGCUGCUGGCACUACUGCGGGCGUCGCCAGCAGCACCGCCGCGUACUGAGGCAUGUCAUCAUGUGCUGGACGGAUGCGGGCGGCUCGGCACGCGGGAUGAUGGAAGGAAGCACGGCAGUAGCGCCGCCGUACUAUCUAAGAAUGGCGGUUGGCGGUUGGCGGUUGACGACGGUGUGGAACGCGUAUGGAUGGGUUGCGCGUGUUGUGGGUUCAGCUUCAAGCAGCGAGAACGCGGCGACGACUCUGUGAGUAGAAUCCGGGCUGGAGACCCGUUGCCUCAGUCAUUCAGAGAUGCCGGCGGCGGGGCUUGCGGCGGGGCAGCACGGUUCGUGCAUGGGCGCACGUAGUGAAGACAAGAGACGAUCAAGACCACGAGCUGUGUGAACCCGGGGGCACGUGAGGUUGCUAGGCACGUCUUUCCUUGUUGCAUGGUCAUCCUGAUCUGAAUUGUCUUUUUGGUACUAUGCAUCCGGCAAGACCUCCGGGCACGAAGUUGAAGAUGGGAGUGGGAGUUGACGCUGGGGAUGUGACAUGCAUGCAUAGUCAUGCGAAUGGCAAUACCAUUUGCCAGACCGAUGGCCGGUUGAAUGCCCAGGUCCCCGCCGAUCCAUGUCUUCUUUCGUUGACCUUAAGUGUUGACUUUCCAAGUUGCUGAGCUGCAAGUGUCACCAACCUCGAACGGCCCUACGGGUGGCGGGGUUUGAUGCAUUCCUUCUGUCGGACGACAUAGGUGUGUAACAAAGGAACUUU